CGGGACAAAUCAAACAACUUGCGCCGUGACAAAUGGGGAAGCAGCGGCUGCUGUAAAGCCUCGUAGAACAAACCUAACUUAAAAAUUUCCUUCCUUGUUUUGUGCAGUCGUUAUUACAAUGUUUUCGUGUAGGUGUAUCCAAAGACAAUCACCACUUCGCUUACUACCUAGUAGAAUAACAGUCUCCAGGGGAAAGGAGUUUACACCGCCUGUAUCAGCAAUUCCCAAUACAAAAACAUAUAGCUUUACCAGGAAUUUUUAUUACCAACCAAAGAUUGAGAUUUUCAGAUCAACAAAAUGGACAUGUGUAUAUAAAAAUAAUAGGAAGAAUUUUUUUCAGACGUCAUCCUUUAAUUUUAACGAAUUUCAAAUAGUACACACCCCGCCUUUUGCAGAAUCAGUGACAGAAGGUGAUGUUAGAUGGGAAAAAGAGGUUGGCGACACUGUAGCUGAGGACGAGGUUGUUGGAGAAAUCGAAACAGACAAAACUGCUCUUCCCAUAGUGUCUCCUGCCAGCGGUGUAAUAGAAGAAUUAUUUGUUGAAGAUGGAGGCCGGGUUGAAAAAGGUGACCAGCUGUUUAAAAUCCGGCUAGGAGAUGCUGAUAGCACUGCAGCACCUAAAGAAGAACCAGCUUCGCCAAAAGAAGGACCGACACCCACACCUGAACCUGAACCCGCACCUGUACAAGAAUCACCUGGUGAAUCAUCAGUUAGUGGUCCUGCGCCAACAGAGCCACCUCCAACUCGGCCUCGACCUCAACAACCACUUGCAGUGCGCAUGCCCACCCCCGCACCUCCACCACCUAAAUCUCAAGCUGUUACUUCCAGUGAAAUAAAGGAAGUGAAGCAAGCUCCAGAUAGGGUAUUCGGAACGAGGAGUGAAACAAAGGUCAAGAUGAACAGAAUGCGACAACGAAUCGCACAGCGGUUAAAGGAUGCACAAAACAUCAAUGCCAUGCUGACCACAUUUAAUGAAAUCGAUAUGAGUAAUGUCAUGGAUAUGCGAAAACAAUAUAAAGAUAUAUUUUUAAAGAAACAUAACUUGAAACUUGGAUUUAUGUCAGCUUUCAUUAAAGCAUCAUGCACGUCACUGCAGCAGAUGCCGACAGUAAACGCAGUUAUUGAAGACAAUUACGUGAUCUAUAGAGACUUUGUUGAUAUUAGCGUGGCUGUAGCAACUCCAAAGGGUCUUGUUGUACCAGUUUUAAGAGAUGUGGAUCGAAUGAAUUUUGCUGAUAUAGAACUUGGAAUGAGUGAACUUGGCGAGAAGGCUCGUACUGGUUCACUAGCUGUUGAGGACAUGGAUGGAGGUACGUUUACUAUAUCCAAUGGUGGUGUAUUUGGAUCGUUAAUGGGUACGCCUAUUAUAAACCCUCCACAAUCUGCUAUUCUUGGAAUGCACGGUAUAUUUGAUCGACCAAUCGCUGUCAAUGGAAAGGUGGAGAUUCGACCAAUGAUGUAUGUUGCUUUGACAUAUGACCAUCGCUUGAUUGAUGGCAGGGAGGCUGUCACAUUUCUUCGCAAAAUCAAACAAAGUAUUGAAGAUCCAGUGACAAUGUUGUUAGAUAUAUAAUUACUGUUUUGAAAACGAGGCUAGAUAUAAUUUUUGCACAUUGAAAACGAGGCAGGAUGUGUGGUUAUUUUUGGUUCAGGAUGAUGCGUAACUUGCUAGUGUUUAGAUAGGAGAUUGGAUAGCAUGCCAACAGAAAUGCUAUACUGUGAAGGUCGUGUAUGUUAGGGAAUUUAUACUCCAUGCCCGGAAUUUCAGUUUAACCAAUCUCACAAAACUAAUUCAGUGUUUGGUCCCAUCUUUAAAUUUAAGAAAUGCUGUUUUGUAAGGCUAGAACAAUAGGACAAUAAAUUUUGCAAUAAAAUGAUUUUUACGGGAAAAAUUUCAGUGCAGUUUCCCACUACUGCAGGUAAUAUUGUUUUUAUGCCCAACUGUAUAAUAAAACUUAAAAAUUAAAAAUUCUCUGAUUUUAAUCCUAUUUUGAAGUCCUGUUUUAUGCACUUAAAAAAAAUUAAAAUCUGUUGAUUAACUAGUAGAUUUCGCACAUUUGAUUCCACUCUUUAUAAUUCCACAAUGGCGUUAAUAUGGGCGUUUGGCGUUAUUUUGAUGUUGGGGGCAAAACAAUAUUUUCGCUUGUUUAUUGUGUAUCUUUCAAAAUUAUAUAUAUAACUCUAUUUAUAGUCUAAUUGUGAGUUCGGUAUGUAUGUACCUUUGUUAAAAGAAGAAAUAAAAAUAUAGGACAA